AUUCAUUUUAGUUUUUUUUUUUUUGGUUACAAGAGAGAAAGAUUUUCAUUUUAGUUUUAAUCUUAGCUUCCAUGCAUGGAUUUCUCCUCCAAAUAUAAAUAAUCAAGUUGAGAGCCCAAAAAUCAAUUAAAAAAGAGAGAAACAAACGCUACGCUAGCUCGCUCGCUCAUUCAUUCAUUCACUCACUCUUCAUUUUCUCAUAAUCGCUUUCAUCACCAACACACACACAAAGAUAUAGGUUUUUCAAGCUAUGAUGAUUUGAUUCAACUUCUUCUGAUUUUUACUCGAUAAUCUCAUCUGGGUCGUGCUUAUUUUCACCUUUCAACCCUUUUUUCUCAUCUGGGUUGUUUCAGUUUCUUCAAUUUGCUGUUUUUUCUGAUCAAGAUUACUCUUUUAUUGCAAUUCCUGAAUUUUUGUGUAUCAACAAUGGAAGAAGAUCAAGAAGUGAUUAAACACGUUUGCAAAAUCUGCAGAAAGAGCUUUUCUUGUGGUAGAUCAUUAGGUGGUCACAUGAGGUCACAUGAUAAGGAUCAUGAUCAUGAUGAUGAUGGUGAUAAUGAUGAGUUUGUUGUUGAUGCUGCUGCAACAACAAUGAAGAAAGAACAAGGUUGUUCUGAAGGGUAUUAUGGUCUUAGAGAAAAUCCAAAGAAAACUUGGAGAGUACUCAAUGAUUCAACUAUUGAUGAAGAUUCAACUUUUGAUGUUGCUUUGGAUAAACUGUGCAAGGAAUGUGGUAAAGGUUUUCAAUCUAUGAAAGCUUUGUUUGGUCACAUGAAGUGUCAUUCGGAGAAAGAACGGGGUUCGAGUAAUAAGAAGAAGAAUCAUAGUUUUGAAUUUGAUGAUGAACAUGAACAAGAACAAGAAGAAUCUAAUGCAACUGUUCUUCCAAAUAGAAAGAGAAGAUCCAAAAGAAGAUUAAGAACAAGGUACAUCAAUAGUGGUAACAACACUUCUUCUUCUGUUGUGAAUUUUGUUGCAAAUUCUUUAGUUUCAAGUUCUGUUUCCGACGAAGAAAAAGAACAAGAAGUUGCUAUGACUUUGAUUAUGCUUAGUAGAGAUGUUAGACCUUGGUGUGGUAUCAAUUUUAUUGCUGAAUUUUCUGAUAAUAAUAAUGAUGAUAACAACUCUUUGGAAUUAGAAGCUCCAUUAACUCAUUUAGUUUCUAAGAUUGAAGAGAAAAAAAGGGUUAUCUCAAAUGGUUCUGAAAUUGUUAAAGUGACUAAAAAGGCAAAUAAGUUGGAUUUUGGUAAAAGUUUGGAAAUUUUUGCUGAUGAGAGUGAAGGAAAUGAUGGAUUGAAGAUGAAGAAAGCUAAGAAAACUAGAGUUUCUGUUAUUGACAAUGGAAAGGAUGAUGAUAAGAAGGAAAAGAUGGAGAUUGAGGUUGAUUCUGAUUCAGCAUUUGAGGUCAAUAUAAGAUCAAAAUCAGGUACUAGUAAUCCUACAAAGUACACUUCAUUGAAGGAAAAGUUUUUUGAUUCUGAAACCAAGGUUAAACUUAUAUCAGAAGGUGAAUCAAACAAGAGAAAAUGUAAUAAGAGAGGAAAAUUUGAGUGUGCUACUUGCAAUAGAAUUUUUCAAUCUUAUCAAGCUCUUGGAGGUCAUAGAGCUAGUCAUAAGAGAUCAAAAGGGUGUUCUGCUUCAAGAAUUGAUCAAAGUAGUGAAAAUGAAAACAUUGCUGAAUUGGAAGUUGAAGUAGAUGUGAAGAUCAAUGUUAAUGCUGAGGGAAGAAGCUUAGCAAGUGAAAGAGUUGUGCUUGAGGAACAAGUUCCUGAAAUAAGGAACUUCCUUGAUCUUAAUCUUCCUGCUGCUGCAAGUAUUGAUGAAGAAAGAGGCAAUGGCAGCAGCCAUUCUGAGAUUUACAAAUCAUGGUGGUUAGUAGGAGGCAGCAGUCUCAAUCAAGAUGCAAUGGCAGUAGGCCUACUAUCAAACUAGUUUGUUCGAUUUUCAGCGUUGGUUCGGUCCGACUUAGUUCGAUUGAAUUCGACUUUAGAGUGAAGAUUUUGAAACUGUAUAGGAAAAGCUUUUUUUAGCAUUUUAUUUCAUUAAUUCUUUACAUGAAUCAUGUUUUGUUUUGCACUUAUUCUUCAAGUAGCUCACAAGGAACUUAUGAUAUAUGAUGGUUGAUGGUUACUUUGUUCAUA